AUGACUAUCAUUCAAGAACUGACGGCACUGCUGGAGAGGCAAGUGAAGAGAGCCGCCGACGCCGACAAGCGCCUGGAGCGCUUGGAGAGGCUGCUAACCAGGGAGCCCUCCGCGGGAACGGACGCGACGACCGGAGUGUCAGAGUCGGGGGCUGAGCGAGGCGCUGAUGGAUCCGUUGGACCAGCUGCCGCCGCCCGCCGGACUGUCUGCCUGCCGGUGUCGGCAACCCCGACCGCGCGACCGAAGUCGGCAUCGACGUGCAACGACCGUGCCGAGUGCAGUGUUCCCGACAGUGAUUUAGGAGCGGUGAGCUGCAGGCAAGAGGACUUUGAGCUGACGCUCAAAUACGCCGUGACCCACGCCGGCGGAGACACGUGUCGCGCCGCUGGCGCCAUCUGUCGUGCGUGUGGCGAACCAGGACAUUUUGAGGUGGUGUGCCACCAGAGGGCCAGCACCACGGCCGAUCGUCCAGUGGCGACAUCUGCAGUGACGAGAGUACGCGACUCACCGGUGGUGGCGCCAGCGGACACGGGCCGCACCGGCAGUACUGCAGCGCAGCCGACUGAGCCGGUCGGAGCUACCGCAUCCUACGGAGCCUCACCGCCGCCGGCCGGAGGCAUCCCAACUUGGAGCACGGACCGAGUGUACCGAGCCUCGCCGCCGCCGGCGGACACGGACCGAGCUGGGUGUACCGCGGCGCAGUCUACAGAGCCGGCUGGCGCCCACGGAGCUUCGCCGUCGCCGACGGGAAGCCUUCCAACGCGGACCAGCUACGGACACGGAACCGCCGACAACGCCGUGUCACAGCCGCCGGCGGACACGGGCCGAGUCGGGCGUACCGCGGCGCUGUCUACGGAGCCGGACGGAGCUACUAGAGCGUACAGAGCCUCGCCGACGCCGGCGGGAGGUCUACAAACGCGGACCGGCGACGGAAACAAAACCGCUGGUGACGCCGUGUUGCCGCCGCCGGCGGACACGGGCCAGCCCGGGGCCACUGCGGUGCAGCCCGCAGGCCCGGCCGGUCCCGCUGAAGCCUACGGAGCCUCGCCGCCGCCGGUGGGGGGCAUCCCAACGCCGAGCACGGGCCAAGGUGCAGCGGCCGGCCCCGCCGUGUCGUCGCCGCCGGCGGACACCGGCCAGAUUGAGUCCACCGCAGGGCAGUCUAGCGGGCCAGCCGACACCCACGGGGCCUCGCCGCCGUCGGCGGGAGGCCUACAAACGCUGAGCACGGGCCCAGGUGCAGCUGCCGGCCCCGCCGUGUCACCGCCGCCGACGGACACGGGCCAAACCGACUGUUCCGUGACACAGCCCACCGUACCCGGUGAGACUGAUGACGCCUACGGAGCCUCGCCGCCGCUGGUGGGAAGCCCGCCGACGCAAAGCAGGGACAGAGAAGAGGUCGUCAGUGACGCCGUGUCGCCGCCGCAGGCGGACAUGGGACAGACCGACUGUGCUGAGGAUGACGCGGGUCUGGCGCCGCUCGUGGGCCCGGUUCAGGGGAUGGCCGGAGACGCCGCUGGCUGUGAUCCGUGGCCGCCACCCGACACCGGAGCGCCGCCUACCGGUGACCUCUCGGGUGACAACGGGCGCGCCCGCUGCGGACGCCGGAACAAGCGCCCGCCGCCAUGGGUCGCAGCAGUCGUGUGUGCCAGCCCCGAUCGUCUGUUCGUUCGUUGGGGUGCGACCUCGUAUGAGGAGUGA